AAAUGGCUGCCACUUGUUGGUUGUUGUGGUAGGGUAGUCAAUUAUUAAUUUUAUCUUUAUGUGCCUUUUUAAGUAUAAACAAAAGCUGUCGGUCUAAUUUUUCUUGCGUUCUUCUACUCCGUCGUCGUUCAUAAUGUAAGUUUUAAAUUCGUUUCGUUCGUUGCUUUACGCGCGCGAGUGUUCAUCGUGGUGAAACUUGGUGUUUUCCUUUGUGGUUAAACCUUUUCGAAACCUCUUUUGCCGUGAUAUUUUCGAGUUUCCGAUGGUUUUAACAACGGUUCAGUGUUUGUGUUGUGUGCCCAUGAUCUAGUUGGAUAUUAUCUCGUGAAUAUGGAUGAAAUUCUGCCGGGGAACAGAGAAAAUACGAAUGUUUCAAACGGACCAUCCCUGCGGCGAACCCCCAGUACUCGUGAGACGAUUCACCAUACCACGACCAUCAUCGUCAACAAAGAUGAACGUGGUUAUGGAAUGAAAGUCUCUGGUGACAACCCCGUUUACGUCCAGUCAGUGAAAGAAGGUGGUGCUGCUGAAAGGGCAGGUCUACAUAGUGGAGAUAAAAUUAUUAAGGUGAACGGUGUCAACGUGACGCACUCAACGCACACAGAGGUGGUGGACCUAAUCAAAGCUUCGACGGAAGUGAUCCUGACGGUGCAGCAGCGGCCGGCGGCGUCGUCGACGAUGCGGGGCGCCACGUCGAUCCCGACGUCGCCGACGGGGGGCGUCGGGGGCGGGGGCGGGGCGAACAACGCCCACUCGCACACGCACCCGCACCCGCGGGGCCUCCAGCACCACCACUCGGCCCCGGCGCGGGACCACAUCACCGGACCCAAGCCGGUGGACGUGGAGAAGCAGCGGCAGGUCGAGUGCCAGCGGGUCCACACGCUCCGGCUCAUGCUCGAGAAGGAGCAGCGCUACGUCGAGGCCCUCAGGAGCGAGCUGGCCAAGUGCAGCGACCCCUCCAGCGAGCCCAAGAUCGUCCACGAGCUCCAAGGGGCCGAGCGCCGCGUCAAGACCCUCCAGGAGCAGCUCGUCCAUCUCACUCAGGUCAAGUCCGAGACCCAGGCAACUAAUCCUUUAGUUCAAACUCAUCAUAGAACAAAAUCCAGUCCAGAUCAAAUUAGCAAUUUACUUGGCAAUCUUUCUCUAUCUGAAGCUUCAAAGCGACUGAUAGCAUCAGAAUCCAUAUCAGACCUUAGCCUAGGAACAAAACGAGCAAAGUCAGGCGUUGUAUGUGAUGUAGACUCUCCAAGGAUAACACCACCAGGGACGCCCCCUCCACCUUAUCCAAUCCCAGUGACGGCGCUACCUGAGUCAACCGCAGAUCCAGUUAGUCCCCUGCAACAAGAUGAUCCAGAUUCAUCCAGAGGAGAGCCGCCUCCUACCGAUAGUGGACAGCUGGAGGCUUCUCCAGUCAAAACGAAUCAUGGUGCUUUUGUUACUCAACAACCUAUAAUUUCAAUGGAAGACGAUGAAAUGUCUGAUCAAGAAAUGAACCAGUUAGAAGAUCAUGGCCCUUUCAAAAGCCUAUCAAAAUUAUGGGAACAUAAUGCACAUUUAGCUGUCUUCAUGAAUUAUGUGAUAUCAAAUAGUGAUCCAUCGAGUUUGCUUUUCUACCUUGUAACGGAUUUAUACAAGGAAGGAAAUGCAAAGGAGAUGAAAAAGUGGGCGUAUGAAAUUCACUCCAGUUUUUUGGUUCCUGGGGCUCCGCUAAGACUGAAUAAUGUAGAUGAAAAUGUUGCUCGAGAAAUAGAUGAGGUCCUACUGAAUGAGUCGGACCGAGAGGAGAUUCUAAGAAAAAUAUUCUGGAAAGCACGUGUGAAAGCCAAAGAAGAACUGAAUGAGCAGCUUGCAGAUUUCCAGCAAACCCGUACGGCUGGUCUUGGAACGUUGUUUGGUCCAACUGAUGCUCAACUGGACGAAACAAUCCAUGAUAAGAACAAAGAACAAAAAAUUAUUGAACAAAUUCUUAUACCAAAGAUGGAACCCUUCAUUGAGGAUAUGGAGCGUGAAGUAGUGGAUGAUCGUAGGUUUACAAUGGCUGCUGCUCUUGGCACAAUCAUGGGCAAAGUUUUUGGCGUUCGUGGUCAGCAUUUCAGUUCACUUCUAGACCGGUGUCCAACGUUCGUUUCGAAAGAGAAGUCAUUAAAAGCAAGGCUCAUUGGUCGUUCCCGGAAAGUAACUGUCCGAGGACACAAUUUUGUAGCCCAUCAGUAUUACACAGUAACUUAUUGCAACCACUGUCAACUUAUCAUUUGGGGAAUCGGUCCUCAGGGUUAUCAGUGUACUAACUGCAAUCUAAACAUUCACAGACCUUGUGUCAAAACGCUAGAAGAAAACUGUCCAGGACCACUAGAACGUAAAAAAGAAAAAGGGAACGACAGAAUUAGCAAAUUAAUGGAAAAAAUCCGUCCAGAAAGAGAAACUCGACGAAAACCGAGUUCUCUCAUCAUUGCUCAACUCGAAAAGAUGAAGCGGCAGACCGACGAGAAAGAAAACGACUGCGUCCCCGGCGAUAACGAUACUGGUGAACGACCGACAGUUGGUGGGUCGAAGGAGCGGCGGGGAUUGGUCGACCUCGUGAAGGAGGCCGAGGAACGAGGCAAUGCAGCCGUCAAUGAUGACGAUAGCAAUCAUUUGGAUGUAACGCCUCAUCAUGCUACGAAAUCAAAAUCUUCAGCAACGUCCAUCAAUCGAUCCGAGAGUUACAAGGAGCGAUUUCACCAAAAAAGGCAGUUGCGAGAACGAAGGAAAACCAGCGAUCCAAAUCUAUCGAAAACCAAUAGCGAUGUUGACGUGGAUCAUCACGGAUUAACAUAUCAUACAAAUUCGGGUAGUUCCUCUAAUUCCAGUCUUUCUACAAGGAGUUUGGAAAGUCCUAGCAAUUCUUUAGAAACUGUAACCGGUGGCGGUGUGAAGAGUGACUCUGUAAAUAAUAGCACUUCAGCGCCGCAGUGGGACAGCGAUGCUGAAGCAGAGCCCGAUCCUCCCGACUGGACCAAAAAUGUACCUGAAGAUGUUCUUCGAAGCCUUUCACCUCGAGAGAAAAAAAGACAAGAAGUUAUUAAUGAACUAUUUCAUACAGAAAGGUCACAUGUUCGUGGCUUGAAAGUAUUAGACCAAAUAUUCUAUCAACCAAUGAAGGAAGCUGCCGUAUUACCUCAGGACCAAAUCCAGCUUUUGUUUUCCAAUUUAGAAGAAAUGUUAGUCUAUCACUCCGGGUUUAAUAAUUGUAUGAAGGCGAAACGACGGGAAACCCCUGUAGUUGGUGAUAUUGGUGAUCUCCUUUUAGAUAUGUUUGAUGGUGCAGAAGGUGAAAACUUUCAAAAAGCAGCAGCAGUUUUCUGUUCUAGACAACAAAUAGCAUUAGAAGCUUUGAAAGAGCGAAGAAGGAAAGAUCCAAAAUUAAAUAGUUUUUUAACGGAUGCCGAAGGCAAUCCAAUGUGUAGGAGAUUACAACUUAAAGAUAUUAUUCCUACUGGAAUGUUAAGGUUAACCAAAUAUCCCCUUCUAUUCGAAAAUCUAGCAAAAUACACAAGAAUGGAGCGAAGUGAAGAAGAAAUGCGGAUGGUCCUGCGUGCUUUAGAAAGGAGUAAAGAAAUUUUAAAUUAUGUUAAUCAGGCUGUCAGAGAAGCAGAGGAUCAACAUCGGUUAGCAGAUAUACAGAGAAAACUGGAUAAAACGUCAUUCGAUAAAGCCGACCAUCCAAUGGUUGCAGAAUUCAAGUCAUUAGAUUUAACAAAACACCGACUGAUCCACGAAGGUGUUCUGAACUGGCGAAUAGGUGGGAAUAGACAAAAAGUGAUAGAAUUACAUGUCGUACUCCUAGAAGAUAUGAUAAUUUUGCUUCAGCGGCAAGAUGAAAAAUUCGUGCUGAAAUUCCACAACACUAACAGUGGUGGUUACCUUAGUCCUGUUAUUAAAGUUUCUCAUGUUCUUGUCAGGCAUAAUGCCGUUGACAAAAAAGCUUUAUAUUUAGUUAAUACCUCUCACAAUAAUGCUCAGAUAUAUGAUCUCGUCGCUUCAUCUUCCUCAGAGCGGAAAACAUGGUUCAAACACAUCUCUGAUGCGGCCAUAGCAUAUCAGAAUCGGGAUGGCAAGAAUCGGAGGCCGGAACUCUCCGCCCCACCUCUCCAAGACUUGGAUGCUGCAUCUCAGGAGAAAACCAAAGAAAACGACUCUGCAGUCAGCUCAAAUAAUAAUGACCUGCUCUCCGUACCUGCUACAGGCACAUCAUCAGUUAGCAAUAGUAAUGAGAAUGAAACCUCCCCCACUAGUCCAAGUUUUGAAGUAGAUUCUCAUCACCCAGAUAAUGCUUCAAGAAAAUUAGGAAGCAGUGUUGCUGAUCCUUUGAGAUUAACCGAGGAGCAGAACGAAUUAAUUCAUCCUAACCAAGUGAUAAUCUCGCAGAGGUCGGUCCAGACUGCGGAACCUAUACUAACACCUUUAGAAAAAUUAAGACGGCAAGAUGACAUGAUAAGGCAAGCGUUAGCAGAAAAACAGAAGCUAGUGGCAGAUAUUUUGCAUGUUCCUCAUGAUCAGUUCGAAACAUUUGCUGAGAUGGCAUCAGAACCUGCGAUGGACAAAGAGGCUGCUGAAUUAAUUUUAGCUGCUGUAAAUCAAGCUAAUCAAUUAUCAGCAGCCGUGAGUUCAGCGCUGUCUGUAACAGAGGAAGAUGCAGUUACAGCUCAUUCAAAGAGUGCCAAGUUCCCCAGUGUAUCAACAACACAGUUACAAACAAUCGCAACUAGUUUAAAUAAUCACCUUUCCCAGUUACUUAAUAUAAUGACCGAAAGGGAUGAAGAAAGGGAGAAGUUAAGGCGGGAAGUUCAAAGAUCUAGGGAGCAGUUACAUGCAAUGCACGAAUUACGACAGAAGUUCCAAAAUUCUCAAGGUGAUGAUAGUUUCGGUGAUUCAACUCUCAACUCGCAACUACUAGAUUCUUCAGCAUUGAAUGAGAGCCCAGCUGAUAUUGAUACGAGCAGCGGAGUUGAAGACAACCCCGAAGCCAGCGCAAAACUAAACCAAGGAAAUAAGACAAAAUCAUGCGAAAAAUUAGACGAUACAACCUGAAUGUCAGAAACAGUGCCAUAGUAUGUUGGUAGAAAAUUAUGCCUGAAGUUUUUCUUCUUGGCAGCCGCCGCAUAUCACUGUUGAUUGCAUUGAUUUAACUCAGCGCCGUACUGUGCAGAAUGAUCUGCUAUGUUGAGCUUUCUUUUUUGCAUCAAGUCUUGUUUUGGCAAAAGAUUACUGUGAUAUCCCUUGAAACUUCUAACAAAGUUUGGCAUUGGCCUAAGUUUCCAAUCACUAUCACCACAGGUUUCUUUGUUGCUUCGAGUUUGUACAAAUGCAUUUUGGUAACAUUUCUGUGCGUUUAUAAUACUUCCAUCAUGCAUGAUUUUUGGAAUGUUGUAUCUUAUUUAUUUUGUACAAUUUUAGUCGGAAGUCACGAUCAUUGUAGAGCUUAAUUUUAGAAAUUCAGAAAAUUCAGAAAAAAAAGAAAAAAGGCUUGAAAUUCAGGUUAAAUAAUAAAAUUGGAGCCCUGUCAGAGGCUUUGAUUUCAAUUCAUGUUUUUCUUUCAGUCCAAGAUAAUUUUAGAAAAUUUAAAAGAAAAAUAUCCAUAUCUCAGUUAGAUGUAUGAAUGAAAUUUUCCUCACCAAAAUAUCAGCAAGAACCUUCUAGCUGUAGUAACACAUCAUUUCAGUCCUUAAAAACAGAUCAUUAUUUCGAUCCUUCUGCAACAUAGGACUUAGUAAGCCUCAAGUUUAAUACUGUGAAUGUAAAUUGCAAAGUUUCCAAAAGGGUAAUUUUUACAUACAAAUUUCUGCACGUCACACAAUAUCAUUUGAUGCAGUAUAUUUUUUUAAACAAUUCAGAUAAAUUAAAAAGAACCCUCAUGUAUUGUAUCAAUAACAGUGUCAUUUUAAGCGCAACUGUUUACGAGCCUUCAUUCACGGAAGCUUCUUCGUCCAUGGAUGCUUCAUAGGAGAUCCAAAUUUUUAAAAUAGAUGUAUAAUUGUGAGGAAUUAAAAUAAGCUUAAAUUUCAGCCUGUCCCUUCAAUUGCGAAGAAUAUCUACGACAUAUUGUAAGGUCUUAAGUGCCUGCUCGAAAUCUAUUUUCAUAUGUAUUUUUUGUCUUCAUUUUCUUUCUUGAAUGAAGUUUCAAUUGUUACUUAAAUUAUCUUUUAUCUAUAUUAAUCAUCAGCUGUCUAUGAAUGCAUUUACUCAAAAAUUUUAAGUGAGUAGUAAGAUUUUACGCUUGUACUGUAUAUCUGCCUCCUCCCUUAAAUUUUUUAAGACUGCGUCUAGUUUAACCUUUCCCAUGGUUUGUUCUAAAAAUGAGUUGAAUCAGUUUGCCCAUGAUUCAACAAGUUGAUACUUGUUACAUUGAUGUGUUAAAAGCUUUUAUGUUCUUUCAAGAAAAAAAAGUGAAGAUCAAACGAAGGAAAAAAGGUUCACUUCUCUCAAGGUAUUAUAGUUCUCUUUACUAUAACUUAAAUUCCAGUAAUCUCUCUCUACAGAUUCAUCAUUACUUAAAUCACUUCUUAAAAGUUGAUUUUUACCUUCAUAGUCUCAAUUAUUUCUUCCUCUUACAUUCUCAGUUUAAUUUUACUUUUAACAUUGCUCUAAUAAUAUAAGAAUUAAUCGUCCAAGGUUAGGGUUUCAAUACUCUUAUUUUUCAUUUGUUUACUCGCAGCAAAUAUACGAGUGUAAAAUCCUUAUCUACGAGCAUGUAUCAUCAUGGAUGAGUCAACACUGUAAGCCUGGAUAAUUCUUUUUUUUUCAGAAAGUACCAGACAAGGUUUCAAUUACUAAAAUAUGUAACAUAUCUUUAGUCUGGGACAAAAUCUCCUUUCCAAUCCGACAUGUUUCAGCCAUAAGUACCUGACCAUUAUUUGGGAUGCCACUCACAGAUGAUGGCCAGCUACUUGUGACCAAAAUGCAUCCAAUAGGAAAAGGAAUUUGUCUCAGACUAGUGAGUAUAUAUGUAUGUUUUAGUAAUCUAAAGCCUUAUUUUCAAAACUUUGAAUCGCAACUCUCCUAGUAGUUAUUCAAACCUGAUUAAAUGAGACCCAGUCCAAAAUCUGCCGGUAACUUGAUGUAAAAUUGACGGUUAUGCAAAAUUCUCCUUUGGAGGGCACAGAAUAUGCGGUUCUUUUCCUGUGAGUGGAUGUCUGAAGUCCUGUAUGAUACUAACAUCAGCCUCUGCAUUUAUCCACUCAUCUCUAAAAUUACCCAUCUUGUGAUUGCUGUAUGUUUUUCAAUUGUUUUAUCUGUGGUGGCAUCAGUGAUUUGCCAUCUGGUCCGUAUAAGUGUGGUGGAGAAGAGCAGAAAAAAAAACCAACUUCUCUCUAAUGUAUAAUUUCAGCCUUUUGGGGCUACUGUAAAAUGGAUCAGUUGAUUUGAUAAAAUUCGAAGUAAAAUCUGCAAUCCAGUCAUAACUGCAUCAUUCAAGUUUAUCUGAUAUGGGACCAACCCUGCUUUGAUGUUCAGGUGGCUGAAUCCCUGAAGUCCCCACUAUAAAAUAUAGUAUUAUUCAUUCAUCUAUGUUUUUAUUUAUUUAUUUAUUCAUUGUUUUUUUAAUCGAAUCCAAUGAAACACCUAUUUAUUAUCACGCAGUUAGCCAGACUGUUCCAUUUUAAUUAACGGUGUGCUUUGUUUUCACCCAAAGUAUAUAAAUACAGUUUUUUCCAAUGUUAUAUCAAGAUUCAACAAUCAAACUGAUAAGAAGCCUAUCUCUUAGAUAACUAAAUUUUAAUUGUCUCCUUAAGGUAGAUCUUCCGCUACUUCUUAAGGAGAAAGGGAAAUUAAAACCUAACAUUGUGGCUUUUUUGUUCCGUAUUUGGGAACUACUCUGAACAUAUCUGGACUAAAAAUAUUCCUCUUUGCAAUGGUAAAUAUAUAUUUUUAUAAAAAUUGUAAACUAUUUUUUGUAUCGUUUGAUACCUGUUUUAUUAUUUUAGCCUUUCUUUCUUGUUAAGCACUUGUUGUUUUAAUUUUAUUAUGUUUUACUCUUUCUGUUAAUUAACCAGUUUAAUUUCUAUUGAAGAAAAAGAGUAUACCUACUCACUCUGUACCGUGUCAUGUCAAUGUUUGUAAGUUUUGUCCUUUAUUUUACCUUUGAAUCUUAUUGUGCCUCCCGCAAAAUUUUAAUCUGUAAAUCCCGAGUUAGCCGUGAAGGCUCUUAAGUUUUAUUUUGGUAACUCUGAGGUCUAUGUCUGGCACAUAACCUCAUUGUCUCAUCAAUUUUAAAAUAUUUCCAAUUUGUAUCCAGCAUAAAUCCAUAUGAUGAUUUAUACAUUAACCAAAUUACUCGUAUUUUAGAAACAAAGCCUAUUCAAAAGAGAAAAAAAUGAUUUUGUAAUUUUUUUUCUGUUUCUGCCCCUUUUUUCAAACUUUUAAGCAUCUUUUUAAUGGGUUUUUAGUUUUUUCAGUGUAUCAAAGAAAUCCGUUUUCACUGAAUAUAAUAGUUUUAGCCAGUACCAAACCAGCCUCCUCGGUUUUAGAGACUGAUGGACAGGCAGAAGAUUGGAAAGGACAAAAAUUUAGAUUGAAGAGUUCCAGCCGAAGAAACGUGCAGCAGUCAUAAGAGAGUAGGUGACUAAGUAUUUGUACUUAAAAUAAAUGCAGAUUCUCGAGGGAGUGUGGAAUUAGACCGUUCUUACAGUAUUUAUUUUUUACCUGUAAAUAGUCCGAAUGUAUUUAAUAUUGUACAUAUUGCUUAGCAAGAAAGAAUUGUACUCAAGAGAGGGUUUGCAAUGUCUAGCGUCUAAAUUUGUACAUACUUCUCCAAGUAACCCUCCUAUUUCACUGAAAAACUAAACAUUUACUCGGCCUAAGGAUUAAAAUACAGUCAAAAUUUUAUUACACACAGAUUAUUCAAUCUCUUUGUUCAUCUUACCUAUUCUUUUUUUAGUAUCUUCAAAAGCAAGUAGGUAAACCAGCACCUGAUAAAAUCAAAUUGAGCCUCAAAUUUAAAACGACUUGAACUUCUCACCGUUUGAUUGCCCCGGAAAAAUAAUUUUUCAAAAGCUGGACAUUGCACUCACUUGCAUAUCAUUGCCUUGUUCAGUGCCUAGAUAAAGACUCGAAGACUUUUAGCAAUUAAACACUUGAGCAGAGUUGAAUCACAAUAUUAUCAUCGUUAGUUGUGUGUGCACAUUGCAUUUGCUUCUAUGUAAUUAAUAUUAUGAUCAGAAAAAGUAAGAAAUCGCGGGUUAUGUCAUUGUUUUCCGCAAGUAUAAUCGAAAAUAAAAAAUUUAAGGAGAAAAUUUGACAUGUCAUUGACGGUGGCUAUUUUUUAACCUCUGUUAAUUAGCCGAAACUUGAUACCUUGCGAGCUAUUGUCAACAAGUACGUAUCCUGUGCUUUUAAAUGGUGUACCUACAGGGAGCAAUCACCUUUUGUUUUUGGCGGUUAUCAUGCUCAUUCGACCACAAAAGCCCAAGAACAAUUUGUCAAUUUCCGGCCAAAGUAUCACAAGCGCCAUUUUUACUGAAAUUGAGUUAUGAAUAGUUUCGAAAUAAUGAGAUGCAUUUAUGUACGAAAAUAAUACUUUUUCUUUAGAACAAAAAGGUAGAAAUAUGAACAAAAAUCGAUUAAAGUUGAUGUACUUUCAUAUCACAAGAGCCAUUUGGCAGAGGAGUAUCACAAGCGCCAAGUUCAGCAACCGCUCACCUUUCUGAUUGUUUACAAUUUUUGUCACAGCAACCCUUGGAAUGACUUGAAGCUAAAUUAUUUUCAUAUGGAAGAGUAUCUCGUCAUUUCAAAUAUAACAUUUUUUUUCAGAAUAAAAAUAAAUCAAUAUGGAAAAUGCUUUUUUGAAGUUGAUGAACUUUUGUAUGACAAGCGCUAUUUGAGAGCAAACUAUCACAAGCGCCAAGUCGGAUAAUCGCUUAUCCUCAGGACUUUGCUUACAAUUUCAGUAUCAACAACAUUUGGAAUGACCAGGAACAAUUCGUCACUUUCCGAUCAGAGUAUCACAAGCGUUAUUUUUAUCAAAAUUGAGUUAAUAAGAUGCCUCCAUUUAUGUACAAAAAUAAUAUUUUGUUUUUGAUUGAAAAAGAAUAAAUAUGAAAAAAAUUCCGUUAAGUUUGAUGAACUUUCGUAUAAUCACAAGCGCCAGAGGUUCUCAGAAUGCUCCGAGAACGUUGUAUCUCAAGCGCAAAAAUGUUUUUUUUAAAAGAAAUUACAUUGAAAUUCAAGGCAGGAAGUUGAUCAGAAUCCAAGUUUCAAGCUGAAAGUCCGUCUGAUGCGGUCGCAAAUCAGAUUUUCGUGUCUCCUGAAAAGCUAGCAAAGCGGCGUUUGUUAUACGUUGGUCAGAAGGUGACGAAUUUAGAGGAGCAAAAAAAAAAAAAUUCGCCACAAUAAAUUUUACGUCAGAAAUGAAAUGCACAAAAACGGAGGCUGAAUUUCUCUCAAACUCACAUAACAAUAAAAGCUCACCUUAGCCAUCAGAGAGAAGUUGAAAAAAGUUGGUAUUGAGGUAUUAAUCGCAAAGGCCGAUGCAGAUCGGGAUAUUGUCUCAACUGCCAUUUUGAAAAAUGAGAGAGGAGAAACAGUUUUGUUACUAGGGAUGGACAAAGACCUAAUGGUUAUAAAGUGAACAUUACCUAAAAGUAGGAAACUUAAAAGAUUUUUCAAUAUUCCCCGAAAUUCAAAGAAUGGCAAGUUCCCCCUCAAUCCGGGUGCCAGCCCUUCCUGUAUUGUGAGCUCGACCUCUGGCCGACAUAUCUUUGUAGAGUUUGUUUAAGCCUUCAACUCAAGUGAUAGGCGUGUGCCGUGUGUUGUGGGAGAAAUCCCUGUGACGCCUUUCUCCGUGGGGCUCAUUGGCGCCUUCUAAUCAGGCGAUAGGCAAUUAUGUAUCGUGGGGAAGAUCUCAGUGAGGCUUAUCUCACCUGGAAGUUUGUAAGCUUAGAGUCUCUAGGGAAAAAGCUAUCAAGCUGUUCGAAGUUCAACUUUAGGAAUGAACUUGAAAGUGAAAGUUGGAUUGUGGGGGAAAUUUCUGUUGCGCGUUUCAACAGCUGUUUAGUGACCGAUUUUUUAUGUUGAUCUCUGCCACAGAUUUGUGGGGGGAAUCAACAGCUCUUCCGCGGUAUUCCUCUUACCUGAUAAAAUGGCGCAAGUGCUGUUGAUUCCACCCACAGAUCUGUGACAAUGAUCAACAGCAAACACGCGUUUUCGGAUUUGGAAAAAAUGCUUUUGUGUGGCGCCAUACUUUGCGGAUUCACCUCAAAGUUCAAGUGAUGUUAGAAAAAAUUUGAAAAAAACAAUUUUCCUGAAACUUUUUCUAGGCCUUCACUGCAUACCUAAGAAUGGAAAAAAAUGAAAAUCGAAAAUCGUAGGGUAAAAAACUUCGCACACAACAAAAACCCCCCCGAAAACGAAAACUUUUUUCGGCGCAAAGAAAGUCUUCUACACGACAAUUUUAAUUUUUUCCCACUCUCAGGUAUGCAAUGGUUGCCUAGAAAAAGUUCCAGGAAAAUUGUAUGUUUCGAAUUUUUCUAAUAGCAUUUGAACUUCGAGGUUCCGACGCGAAACUAUGAGUUGAUCUGAUCGAGGUUUUUCCCGUGGCGGAUAAGUUUUCUACACGACGAUUUUCAUUUUUCCACAUUCCCAGGUAUGCCGACGGAGCCCAGAAAAAAUUCCAGGAAAAUUGUAUUUUUGGAAUUUUCUCUACAGUCCGAAAAGAACGGGGUUCCGGCCCGGACAAGUCGACCAAAGCGCCGAUCUGAUAGAGGUUUUUUCGGUGGAAGGAAAGUUUUAUACACGAUUUUCAUUUUUUUCCAUUUCUAGGUAAGCAGUAGGGGCAUAGAGAAAAUUCCAGGAAAAUUGCAUGUUUCAAAUUUUUGCUGCAGUUCGGGAAAAACCGGGUUCUGGCGUGUAUCAGUCGAACGAAGGGCCGAUCUGAUGGAGGUUUUUCCGGUCGACGGUCGAAGGAAUGUGGCCUCCGGGCUAUUUUUCAUACAGAUAAUUUUGAUAAGAAGGGCAUUGGGAUUGUGGAAAUGGGUGUGUGGCAAAGUGUUGACUAGGUAGCGCUGCGGCGGCGGUGGCUAGAACUAGUUAAAUGGCUCCUGUUUCUCGCAUAUGGUGGGAGGCCCGGGUGCCUCGGUCCAUGCAGUUUGUCGGAUACAUUCACCCGUACCGUACCGUCGCAGCCAAGUGGCGCGCAAUUUUUAAUAUCUGGUAUAAUUACCGGUAUUUGGAUACAAUAUUCUAAUACAGUAUUAAAACAGUAUAAAUACGUAUUCAAUGCGAUAUUUAUGUGUAUUUUUCAGAGACGAAUUUCAGUGGAGAUAUGGAUACGUAUUUUUGCUACUAGGAUCUGCGUACCUAGCAUUAGUAGGAUUUCUUGCACAGUUUAAAAUAGAUUCAUCAUUUUUUUUGUAGGUACCUCAUUUAUGCCUGGGCGAUCUGAAUAUUGAUUACAAAUUUAGAAUGACUUGAAUUUCUUACCGUAUGAUUGCCCCGGAAAAUUAAUUUUUUGAAUGCUGGACAUUGCACUCACUUGCGUAUCAUUGCCUUGUUCAGUGCCUAGAUAAAGACUCGAAGACUUUUAGCAAUUACACACUUGAGCAGAGUUGAAUAACAAUAUUAUCAUCGUUAGUUGUGUGUGCACAUUGCAUUUGCUUCCGUGCCAGUAUGUCUUUCGCGUUCCAUUGUAUAUAUGUACAUCUCUAUUGUUAUUUAUGAGUUUAUGUAUGAAAAUAUAUAUAUACCUAUAUAUAUUUUUGUGUUACCUUUAAUUUUAUUGUACGAUCUGGAAUCUUCUUUUGUUAACGGUGCUCCCAUUCCAGAUGAAAGAUAACCUAAAUCUAUUACAGGUCAACUAAUUGUAUAAUACAAAAUGUCAUAUUUAUGUUAAAUUAUAAGUAUAAUAUUUACACUGAAA